CAUCCGUCGGAAGUGCGUUCUCCUCCUGCGUCUCAACUACAGUCUGAACCCGCCUGCGAGCUCACGCUAUCGGCCUCUUCCUCGCGCGUUUGCUCGGUUUGUCAGGCAGAAGCACGGGCUUGGUGGAUCGGAGAUCUGGCCUCGGAUUAUGCUGCCAUUCCAACCGACCAGAAGGAUGUGGGAUUCAGCUGCUCUCCUGCUUUUAAAAAUCCAACCUCAGGAACGAACACGUCUGUGUUUAAUUCGCCAGGGCUGAGCGUAUGUGGGACAGUAGCGAGUCUAACAGCCUUCAGACAAAAGACGGCUGCGAAGUAAUAUUCACCAAAAAAAAAAAAAAAAAGCGUUGUUGUCUCCAUUCUAUGGAGAAAGUGGGCAAGAUGUGGGGUAACCUCAGGACUCGAUGCCAAGCCCUCUUCCACAACGAUGGCUCAGAGUCCCAUCUGUGUAGCCAGGAUUUAGAUUGUGUCCACCGUGUGGUGGACUUGGGCAGGGGAACACAUGCAGAACCCUAUGAAAGUAGGUCUUUCACACCCUCACGGACCUUGUCACCACUCCCAUUGGUUCCUGGAGGCGGUAGAAGCCAUAACUGUGUGGCAGAUAUUCCCCAGAUAGUAGAAAUCUCCAUUGACAAAGAGAGCGAGGAUGCACGGAGGGGUCCCCUUGUCCGUAGGGACUCCUACUCACGCCACGCUCCCUGGGGAGGUAAAAAGAAGCAUUCUUGCUCAACUAAAACACAAAGUUCACUUGAGGUUGACAAGCGAACAGGGCGCUCAAGGGGAAGUACAGCUAGGAGGGAGCGUCACUAUGGAGUUAGCUCUAUCCAAGAGAUUAAUGAUUCUGUAGGAGCUGGCAGCAGUGGGCGCAGCCUUAGCACCCGUUCUCUACGACAACGACUUAGGGAAACCGUAGGCUUGUGCCUUCCUCUCUCCACACAGCGCCGCUCUCAGUCAGCCAAAGGCCAGGUGUCCACCAAACGUAAGAUCCACCUUACUGAACUCAUGCUCGAAACAUGCCCUUUCCCACCCGGGUCAGAUCUGGCCAACAAGUGGCACCUAAUUAAGCAACAUACGGCGCCAGUAAGCCCUCAUUCCUCAACUGCUCUUUUAGAUGCAUUUGAUUCGGCACAUCCAUCCCCUGAGGACGAGGAGGAGAGGCUGCGUGAACGGCGUAGACUUAGCAUAGAGGAAGGAGUGGAUCCCCCUCCAAAUGCACAGAUCCAUACGCUGGAAGCAACUUCACAAAACUCUUCCCUCUAUAAACUGGGACCAAAGAUGGCUCCUGGUGUUUUGGAAGGACUUGGUGAGGGCAGAAGUCUGGGGAAAGUCUCCUCUAUUUCUGGGGGCUUAUCGGGGAUUGCCACACAGGUUGCAGCAAGUAUGGCAGUGCCAUCGCACACUGUUGACUGUGACUCUGAGGAAGACUCAACUACUCUUUGCUUACAGACACGGAGGCCCAAGCAGAGGCAUGCUUCUGGGGACACUCACUGCUCCAGACAGUUAGGGCCUUGGAAGGUCCACACGCAGAUUGACUAUAUUCAUUGUUUGGUGCCUGACCUACAAGCCAUAACUGCUCUUCCUUGUUAUUGGGGGGUGAUGGACCGGUACCAAGCAGAGGCACUGCUGGACGGACGACCAGAGGGCACCUUCCUGUUACGUGAUUCUGCUCAGGAGGACUACUUGUUUUCCGUUAGCUUUCGACGUUACAAUCGUUCACUGCAUGCUCGCAUUGAACAAUGGAAUCACAACUUUAGCUUUGAUGCACAUGACCCUUGUGUCUUCCACUCUUCCACAGUAACAGGCCUGCUGGAGCACUAUAAAGACCCCAGUGCCUGUAUGUUCUUUGAGCCCCUGCUCACUGCUCCCUUACACCGGACUUUCCCUUUCAGCCUUCAGCAUCUGGCACGAGCUGCCAUCUGCAGACACACCACCUACGAUGGCAUUGGUGCCCUGCCACUGCCUCCAACCAUGCAGGACUUCCUGAAGGAGUAUCACUACAAACAGAAAGUCCGUGUCCGCUGGCUAGAGAGAGAGCCACCACUCAAGGUCAAAUGAGGUCUGGCUCUGUGCCCAAGAGAGGCAGGAUUGUGGGCAAGAGCUUUGUCGCCAGAGGAGUAUGUGGCUCAUAUUAUCCAUCACAUAGCUGGCUUUAGAUACACAGCAACAUAGGAUGUUAUGAACUUCCAGCAGUUUUUUCCCUGUUAAUACUACACAUGAAAGCCAUACAAAUGUUUCAGUGCAGUACAUUAUGUCAAGCUAGCUUAAAUGCUGAAGUGUCAAGCAUGCCAGGAAUCAGAUGGUCUUAUUCUCUCUAAUCUUUUCCAAUGACCUUAUCCUUUGGAUCUCCACCAUCCUGCCCGCAUGCCCCUUUCAUUCUGUCUUCUAGUGUUUUACACUAUUUU